AUGUCCAACACAACUUCCACAAUCCCCGCCGGCCAACCCGCCGACCCCUACAAGUCCAAGAACCUCGACACCUCCACAUCCCUCUCCACGAAAGUCACCGAUCUCGCUGGUCUGUUGGACGGGAUCAAGACAUGUAUGCUCACCACCCGUCGCGAGAGCGAUGGGUUUUUGGUGAGUCGCUGUAUGCAGCUCGCGGCGAGGGAGAAUGAUGUCGAUUUGGUGUUUACGACAAAUGUCAAGACUGGGAAGAUUGAGGAGAUCAAGGAGGAGGACCAUGUUAACGUUUCGUUUGUUCGUGCAUCCUCGGGCGAAUGGGCCUCCGUCUCCGGAACCGCAUCCCUCUCCACCGACCGCACCUCUGUCAAACAAUACUACUCUCCCACCCUCCGCGCCUGGCUCGGCGACCUCGGUGACGGCGUCCACGACGGCGGACCCGAAGACCCCCGUAUCGGUGUCAUCCGCAUCAAGACUCAUUCUGCGACCUACGCCAUUGACCGAAAGACCAUGGUCGGGAAGGCUGUGGAGGUCGUGAAGGGUGUUGUUGGGGGUGAGGUUGCGGGGGUGAAUGCGUUGAGGGAGAUUAGUGUUGAGGAGGUUGAGACGAUUAGGAGGAUGGGUGGGGUGAAGGCUUAG